AUGGUUUCAUCAUUGAAAACUCCCUUAAAAUUAAUUAUCGAUACUGAUCCAGGUAUUGACGAUUGUCAUGCAAUCACAAUGGCUCUGUCAUAUCCAAACGUUCAACUACUCGGUAUCACUAUUGUCGCUGGAAAUACAUCUUUGGUUAAUGGAGUUCGUAAUAUUCAUUAUCUCUUGUAUGCACUCAAUCGAAAAGAUGUUCCUGUUUUUCGUGGAGCCGAUCGAGCACUUGAUGGCAAUCAAAAGUAUGCUCCACACAUUCAUGGUGAAGAUGGUUUUGGUAAUGCAACUAAAGAUAAACAAAUCGAUCUAGAUUUACUGUGUGAUGAACCAGCUCCCGUUGCUCUUGUACGUUUAGCAAGAGAGAAUCGUGGUGAACUGGUUAUAGCAGCGAUAGGACCUUUAACAAAUAUAUUUCUGGCGCAUCGUCUUGAUCCAGAAUUUAGUCGUAAUUUAAAAUGUCUUUAUAUUAUGGGUGGUGAUUGUACAGUAUCACGAUUUAAUACUCUUUCAAUUGGUAUUGAAUUUAAUUUUGCUUGUGAUGCACUAGCAGCUUCAAGAGUUCUCGAAGAAUUUCAAACAACAAUAAGAAUUGUCACCUUCGAAUUAACAUGCAUGGUAGCAAUUCCAUUCGAAACGUUCGAUAACGAAAUAUUACCAUUAGCAAGAGAUUCGAAUAAUUCAAAGGCUCGUUUAUUUGCUGAAGUUACUCAAUAUUUAAUUGAUUUUCUGAAAGCAGCACAAAAACAUCCUGAACUUUCUUCUGCCUUUAAUUCGUGUGAUGCCGUUUGUAUGGCAUGUGUAUUAGAUGAAUCAGUGAUAGAAGAGAAAAGACAGGUUUAUGCUUGUGUUGAACCCUACGGCAAAUUCGCUACCGGACACAUGAUAUCCGAUUGGUAUGAUCAUUUCAAACGUAAUCCUAAUGUUGAAAUAAUUACAAAUAUCAACAAAGAAAAAUUUCUUGAACUUUUUCGUUUAAUCGUUCAAUAA